UAUAAAGAAUUUCCCAUUUUCAGGAAAUUCAAACCCGAGACUCUAAUUAAGGGUUAAGGGACCCCGUCCAUUCCACCACAUCGGUUGUGAUUGAGACCAACUUUAGUUCAAGGAAAUUGCUUCUCACCAGACCAGCAAAGCUGUGACAUCAUUCAGGUUCAAACCAAUCUUGAAUCUUUUUCUCCAAGAAUACAUUAUAUAAACCUCCAGUGACUAUCAAGAUCUCAGAAAGCAAAAACAAGUUUCCACUGAAACAUAGAGUCAAAAGUUCUCAGUAACCCAAGUGAAGGAAAUUAUGAAGAGUGCAGAGUUAGUAUUCAUUCCUGCUCCUGGGAGGGGUCACCUUGUAUCCACUCUGGAGAUGGCAAAGCAACUAGUAGACAGAGAAGAUCAACUUUCCAUCACAGUUCUUAUCAUAAAACUUCCCAGUGAGACAAAAGUUCCAUCAUAUACUAAAUCUCUGUCCUCACACUACGCUUCUCGCAUAAAAUUGCUUGAACUUUCUCAACCUGAGACGUCAGUUAAUAUGGAGAGUGAUACUCAUCCCAUAAAUUUUAUAUCCAAGUACAUCAACAGCUUCAAAGAUCGUGCCAAAGAUGCUGUUGCUGAUAUCUUUAAUUUGUCUACCUCUGUGAAGCUCGCGGGAUUUGUAGUAGACAUGUUCUGCACUUCAAUGAUUGAUGUGGCGAACGAGUUUGGAGUCCCAAGUUAUCUCUUCUACACUUCUGGUGCAGCUAUGCUUGGACUCCAAUUCCAUUUUCAAAGUCUAAUAAGCAAUGAACGCAGCGCGAUAGUGCAUAAUUACCUCGACUCUGAAUCAGAAGUACCGAUCCCAACUUACGUUAACCCAGUUCCAGUCAAAUGUUUGCCUGGGAUUAUCCUAGACAACGAUGAAAGUAGCACCGUGUUCCUCAAUCAUGCACGAAGAUUCAGGGAGACGAAAGGGAUUAUGGUGAACACUUUCGUUGAGCUUGAGUCGUACGCUUUGAAAGCUCUCUCUGAUGAUGAGAAAAUCCCACCAAUCUAUUCAGUUGGGCCUAUUCUAAACCUUGGAGGUGGUAAUGAUGGUCAUGGAAAAGAAUAUGAUUCGAUUAUGAAGUGGCUUGAUGACCAGCCUAAUUCAUCAGUGGUGUUCCUCUGCUUCGGAAGCAUGGGGUGUUUUGAAGAAGAUCAGGUGAAGGAAAUAGCAAAUGCUCUAGAGAGCAGUGGCUACCGGUUCUUGUGGUCGCUAAGGCAACCGCCACCAAAAGACAAGCUACAGUUCCCAAGCGAAUUCGAGAAUCUUGAGGAAGUUUUGCCGGAGGGAUUCUUGCAAAGGACUAAAGGAAAGGGAAAGGUGAUAGGAUGGGCCCCGCAGGUGGAUAUUUUAUCUCAUCCUGCAGCAGGAGGAUUCGUGUCGCAUUGUGGGUGGAAUUCGACUCUGGAGAGUGUUUGUAGUGGGGUGCCGAUGGCAACAUGGCCAGUGUAUGCAGAGCAACAGAGCAAUGCGUUUCAACUAGUGAAGGAUUUGGGGAUGGCAGUGGAGAUUAAGAUGGAUUACAGGAAAGAUUUGAACAGCAGAAACCCAACAGUACUGGUGAAAGCAGAGGAGAUAGAAAAUGGUAUUAGGCAGCUGAUGGAUUCAGAGAAUAAAAUCAGGGCCAAGGUGAGGGAUAUGAAGGAGAAAAGCAAAGCAGCAAUCAUGGAAGGUGGUUCAUCACAUGUAGCUCUAGGGCAAUUUGUUGAGACUGUCAUGAAGAUCUAAUUGAUCAUGCCUUCACCAGUACUAUCAUCAGUCAUGCAUGAUUUUUCUUUAAAUAAAGCAGAGAUGCACUUAUGUAUUUGCAGUCCUGGAGAGCAGCUUGUUCUAAUUUCAAAUGCAAUACAGUUUCUAUGUUCUAUCCUUUAA